AUGAAGCUCCAACUUCUUGUUACUCUACUUCCUGCCGUGUUACCUUUGGUGCAUGGUGCCCCUGCUCGCCGAGAUACUAACAACCCCGGUCUCCGAGGAAGUGACUCUCUAGUUGGAUAUUCACCGUCGAAUAAAGGUGGUAGCGACUCGCCACCUGAUAUCAAAUAUGACCUUCUUCCCGGGCAGAAGGAAGAUCCUAAAAUUGGGUCAUACCUCGAUUUUGAGAAAGCUGAUAAUCCUCAGCCGAUCCGUGGUUCUACGGGUUCUGAUGAUCCAGGUCCGAGAAACUACAAUUACGACAGAAUCAAUAGUGAUAAGCUUGCACCUCCUGGUACUGACCAUGGAGCGACCAUCAAUGCGCAGUGGCCUAUGGGAUUGAGUCACAACAGACUCGGUCUCGAUGGAGCUGGUUGGGCUCGCCAAGAGAAUACAAAUGUGAUGCCAGAUGCGAUCCUCAUGGCCGGCGUCGAUAUGCGCCUGGAACCUGCCGGCUACCGUGAGCUUCACUGGCAUGUCGCUGCCGAAUGGUCCCUGGUGCUGAAUGGAUCGUGUCGAAUCCAGGCUGUAAACGAGAAUGGGGAGACAUUUGUCGACGACGUUGCUGCCGGCGAUGUGUGGUUCUUCCCACCUGGCGUUCCCCAUUCUAUCCAAGCCCUUGACGAUGGAGUCGAAUUCCUUCUCGUGUUCGACGACGGAGACUUUAGCGAAGAUAAUACAUUCCUCGCAACCGAGGUCUUCCUUCACACACCGAAAGAGGUCCUCUCAAAGAACUUCGGAGUUGAUGUAGCAGCAUUUGACAAGAUCCCCGACAACGAACUAUACAUUUUCAAAGGCACACCCGCCCCAGCAGACAUCGAGAAACAGAAUGUGACAACGACUGCUGGCCUCGUACCUCGCGCGCAGAGCUAUUCGUAUCAUUUCUCCGAGCAGCCGGCUCACGAAGUUGCAGGGGGUUCAGUCAAGAUCGUCGAUCCGCUCACUUUCCCUAUCGCUAAAAACUUCUCCGCCGCUGUUGUUACCGUCCAUCCAGGCGGCAUGCGUGAAAUCCACUGGCAUCCAACUAGUGAUGAAUGGACUUUCUUUAUUUCCGGUCAGGGCCGAGCGACACUUUUCACGGCCCCGGAUGCUGCGACUACAUUUGAUUAUGCCGGUGGUGAUGUCGGCUACUUCCCAAAGUCUAAUAGUCAUUAUAUUGAGAAUACCGGCGAUGAAGACCUGGUCUUUUUGGAGGUACUCCAGGCUCCUGAGUUUACCGAUAUGGCUCUUGGUCAAUGGAUCGCAUCCACACCGAGACAAAUCGUUGCAGAUACACUCAACCUCAGUGAGGACAUGCUUAAAACCGAACGGCGACGUGCUCAAAAUCGCAUAGCCCAGCGCAAAUUCCGCGAGAAGAAGCGGAGGGUGGCAGAUCGUGCUAUUCAACAGACGUCUCACAACCAGAACGGGACAUCCAGAGCACCAUCACAAUCAACGCCUGCCAACAAUGGAGAUAUCCCACUUAACUCGCCAGCGUUUCCCGGCGCCCCCGGUCUGACAGCAGCUUCAUCUCCAAACGAGAUUAUGAUCCAUAGCACAGAACCAGGACCGAUAGGAAAUUUUGAUCUGGAUGCGAUCGACCAGUUCCUGUACCAAAUGAACAAUGAUUUCUCCUUCUUUUCGUCCGAUCCUGUACCUGUUCAGUCAAGCUUGGCAGGGCCGAGUCUCACACAAAGCAAACCAUCCAACCCUGCUUCACCCAACACAUCUUUGAACAAUAUAACAAAUAAUUCGAGAUCGCUAUCUCGACCUGCGGAUAGCAAUAGACUGCCAUUACAUCGCAGAACAUCCGAAUCCGACAUUCGCCCAGAGAGCCCAGGCCCCCAACUACCGAAAUCGCCCAGCGACGACACAGUGCUGGAACUCAUCACAUCAGCCAGAAGUGACAAGGGAUGGAUUAGCACGCUUCAUAUCGCCGCUCAGAAAGGCCACGAGCGGAUCGUUCGGAUUCUUUUGCUGCGUGGUAACAUGGACGCAAACAAGCAAGACAGCGACGGUCGCACACCCUUGAUACACGCGAUUAUUGAGAAUCACGGUUGCGUAGUCCGAUUACUACUCUCGCACGGUGCUCGAUUAGCCGUGUAUGAUUGUGAUGGUCGGUCGGCGUUGCACUGGGCUGUUUUGCAUCGAAGACUCGAGAUACUCCAGCAAUUGCUCGAGCAUCGGGCGAAGUUUGAACCCUAUUUGGAUCUCGAUGUGUAUGACAAUGCUGGCUGGACCCCAUUGCAUAUGUGUGUAGAUAGAGCUUUUGAGGCUGGGAUCUUGAUGCUUCUUCAGGAAGGAGCGAAUAUUGAAGCUAAAGCAAAGAAAUGUCCGUAUACAGGCAUGAUUGUGCCGAUGAUGGAUGGACAGCGAUAA